AUGACAGGCAAUUACAAGCUGCAUUCUUCGUUGCCCAGUUAUACAUACUACCGAUAUUGCUAAGCCGGUUUACCGUGAUAAACAAAUCGUAAAUUCACUUAACAGCCAUUGUCACUAUAUUGCAAGCUAGCAGAAGUUCCAGCCAUAAGAGCUCUUGCUCCGGUUUUGAGCUCCUAUAUCAAGUCAAGUCGUUUUUCCUUUCGUCGUCCAUUUGCGCUGAACGAAGGGGAAACAUGUCAAGGGCAUUACAAAUCCUCGCCCUCCUUAUACCAGUUUUCAUAGGCGCCGCGGACCUCACUCAGGCUCAAGGUUGCCCCGGUGUCAACGGCUACUCCUUCUACCCGCUCCAGGAGGUGGCCGGCGCCUUCACCAUCCGGGUUCGCAACCUUGCGGGCAACCUCUCGGACAUUGCCGCCGACUGCGGCCGCACGCCCCGCUGCAACGGCUUCAGCACCCGAGGGCAGCUGCUGCGGGUGCCCCUGGCGCCCACCUUCUCCUUCCUGGACGGCAGCGACCCCAGCACCCUCCCGUGCGACGGAACCUACAUCGCCGCCUCGAGAACCCUCAGCGGGCUCAUCCCACCGGCCGGUGUCAACGCGAGCAAGCUCCGUGCGGAGAGCGAAAAGGCGUAUAUCGGCAUGCAGGCGGUCAUUGCUGCGGCCAACAGGGUUGCUGCCAAGUUGCUCGAGAGCGGUUUGAACCCCAGGAAUGCCUCCCGCCUGCCUGCCGGCGACCUGGCCCGCGCCUUCGACGACGCCCGGACUCCGCUGUCCCAGUCUAGCAGCACCAGCGGCAGCUACUCGUACCCCGACGUGCUGGCGGCCCUCAGCUACCCGGUGUGGGACUCGCGCCAGGCCAACGGAACCGCCUACAACUACAUCAGCCCCGUCAAGGACC